UGCGAUAAGUAUUGAUUAAAGUCAGCACUGUCACGGUUCAGUUUCAGGUUCAUCGCAUCUAUUUUUAUAGUCCACUGUUAAUAUUGCAAAAUACUGCUGUAAUACCAGCAUCUCGUGGCACUGAGCCAGCGUAAGAAACAAACUUCAUACCAAAAGCAGGCUAUUUUUGUUGGUUAACCAGUGCUUUGUAGAUUGAUUUAGAAGGAAGUAAAAAGUCUCCAUCCCAGGCCCAUAACAAUAUAAAUAGUCUCACAGAUCAUGUGAGUAUGAAAUACGGAAUUAUUUUUUAUAAUUAUCAGUACAGAUUCUAAUACAAUGUUAUUCACUGUAAGUUGUCUAUCUCCUGGUGAGAUCAGUGUUAUGAAAUUGUUCUUGAUAUCUCUGUGUAUGGCUGUCACUUAGAAAACCCAUUGGCUAAUUUCAUCCAGAUUUGAAAGAUGGAAAUGCCUGUCUGAAAACUAUCAGGUGGGGAGAGGAGGAAAUCUGAAAUCUGCACUCUGCUGCAAGAAAAGCAUCAAUCAGUUCUUGUUCUUUAUAGCAGUAGGGCAGGUAGCAGGGCAGUUGAUAUACACAGAAUUCUUCACUAGCCAUUACAUGAGCAGGAAAGAGGAGGAAAAUUGAUAUGAGAGGAGGGUAAGAACUGCAGAUAUUGUGGAUGGAGAAAAUAAUUUAGAGGGCAAGAGUUACAAAGCUGGAUUUCAUACAGGUUUGCAACUUUAGGUAACAAGAGCACAGCUUGCUAUUCUUUUUGAAAUGUCCCUUCUGUUGCAAGACUGUGGGGUUUAUUUGUUUGGGCAUUUUAAAAACAAAUGGUUCCUAACAGCCCUUUUUGUUAUGACUUCUCUAUAAACCAUACUUUGAAGAUCUUGAGGUAUAUCUUGGCUUAUGCACUGUUUUGCUGCCAGACCUGCUGAUUUAAAACAUCCAUUAUCCAAUCUGAAACCUGUACAUGUUAAGUACUGUCUAUAACAGUAGUCUCACUCUUCAGACAGAUUUGUUCUAUAGGGUAAAAAUGAACGUAGGCGUUGCCCACAGCGAGGUAAAUCCAAACACACGGGUGAUGAACAGUCGUGGAAUGUGGCUGACGUAUGCGCUCGGAGUUGGCCUGCUGCACAUUGUCUUGCUCAGCAUUCCUUUCUUUAGUGUGCCUGUCGCCUGGACUUUAACAAAUGUGAUUCACAACCUGGGAAUGUAUGUGUUUUUGCAUGCAGUAAAGGGAACUCCUUUCGAAACACCGGAUCAGGGGAAAGCUAGGCUACUAACACACUGGGAACAACUGGAUUAUGGAGUACAAUUUACAUCUUCAAGAAAAUUCUUCACAAUCUCUCCUAUAAUUCUGUACUUCCUGGCGAGUUUCUACACAAAGUAUGAUUCAACACACUUUAUUCUCAACACGACCUCCCUCCUGACCGUGCUCAUCCCCAAGCUGCCACAGUUGCAUGGUGUUCGAAUCUUUGGCAUCAAUAAAUACUAAGCAGAAGGUUUGACACUGACUGCCCCUGACACGGCUGCUGCUGCUCCCCAGGGGAAGGAGUCGAGUAGUCUGCUGUGCCUAGUGUCUAAUUGUAUUCAAUGAAAGAUGCUUUUACAGCUGAGAUACAAUUCCUACGUCCUGCAGCUUUGUCUGGGAUGAAAGUUGAGUUUGCAAGAAGAUGCCUUCAAACACCUACACGUGAAUUGGAAACGUUUAGAAGAAAGAUUUCCAUGAAGAGCUGGGCAGGCCCAGCUCUAAAGUGAAAUCCCAGAGACUGUAUGUAUGCCUGUAUGAUGCAAGUGACCUGUAAGGAAGUAACAGCUAGUAUCAGCUGGAAGUAGAGAGCAGUGUUUUGCAAACACCCAGUCAACCAUAAUGCAAAUGGUAACUUUAUAUGUAAAUCCAGGAUUCUCCACACACGAACUGGUGAGGCUGUAGUCUUAGGUUGAGUGAGAGUACCUUGUUUCUGCUGUGUGGAUUGUAGGUGGUUGUACUUGUUCCUGCAUUGUAAAGGUUUGUCUUGCAGUACGUACUGUGACAGCCAGCAUAAGCUGAUGGGAUCAGUCAUGCCUUACCUGUUCUUGUGAUUAUUCUUUUGUCACAGUGACCAAAAAAAGUCCUUAAAUGUCAGCUCAGGGGACUUCUACAUCAACUCAAUAGCUCAGUUUCUGUAUGCUUUUAGAAGCUGCCACUGUUGCGUUGAUCUCAUUUGCUUGCCAGGGUACUGACUUAAGUGGCACAUUCUGAGACUCUGAAAUUUCUUUCAUGGUGUGAAUUUUUGACUGUUUUCUGACUGGUUAUUUUUCAGUAGCUGAGAGAUGUGUGAUGGUGGGGGAAGGGGUUGCUGCUGCUGGUGGAGGAGAGGCUGCUCCAUUAUAGAGCAACCAAGUUGGAACACAGAAGACAAACUCUGUGUAGGUCCUGAGUUAGAAUAGAAGCCAAACUAGAAGUAGGUGAAUAGGCAAAUCACAUGGACUAACUGUAUGAUUUUGCAGAAAAAGUUAUAGAUGAUUUGCAUGUCUUGGAAAUGUGGGGGAUGCUGUGUUGUUAGGGUAUGGAGUAAUCUUGUGUUUAAUCAACUCUGGAAUUAAGAGUGAAAGGAGGUACUUGUAGAGCGCUGAGCAUUUAAUUUCUCUGUCUUGGAAAAGGAUGAAUAUUGAGAUCUGCCAAUCAAAACCAGCUCAGGUUUGACAGAGGGCUCUGUUUAAGACUUCAUUUGCAUUUGGGUUGCAGUGACAGCCAGUGAGCUGGAAAAAAGUUAAAAAUAAAGCCCACAGUGGCAUACUUCUGUUCUUGCAAGGAUAA